CCUGGCCGCGGGAGGGAGGGAGCGGGCAGCUGCGCAAGGGGAGUCCCAGCGACUCCCGUUAAUGAAUUAAUUAUCUAACGACGGUGGGCUCCGCGGCCCGUGCCCCCUCCCGCUCCGGUAGUCGCCUCCUCCUCCCCCGGAGUGGGGGAGUGACAGGCAGCGGCUCCUGCCCCAUGUGACUGGGGAGCGGCUGCCCCCGUCCAUGGCUUGGCCUCCCCCGGGCAGCAGCAGCUCCGGCUCCCGGGGAGGAGGGGCAGGAGCUGCUGCUCCAUGGGGAGGAAGGGCAGCCCCCGAUCCCCCCAGGCGGAGGGGGGAUCUCGGGCAGCCUCCCCCCGCUCCUCCUGCCCCCCGUCCCCGCUCUGGGCCUUACCCGAGGAGCUGCUGCUCCUCAUCUGUUCCUACCUGGACGCGCAGGCCUUAGGCCGCUUGGCCCAGGUCUGCCGCCGCCUGCGCUUCCUCAGUAGCCGCGAUCUCCUGUGGAGGAGGAUAGCUCGUGGUUGCCUCAACUCCGGCUUCACUCAGCUCGGCACCGACCUGUUUGCUGGCCUUCCAGUGAAGGAAAGGGUGAAAGUGUCUCAGAAUUGGAGGCAUGGACGCUGCCGGAGAGAGACACUCCUGAAAUGGAAAUGCAAUUUGCUGCCCUGGAUGGAGCUGGAUGGAGAGUAUCUCUACCUGUCUCAAGCAGAGAACAUCCAUGCCUACCGGCUCCGUCCAGAUGGUACAGGUUUGCAGCGUCACCCUCAGGCUAUCUUCUCUGGCCACCAGAAGGACGUAUGUCGCUUUGUUCUUGUCAACUCCCACAUCGUCAGUGGAGGGGGAGAUGGAAAUAUUGUCCUUCACAAGAUCCGUGGCUCCUAUAGUGUCAAGUUCUCUGCACAUGAACAGGAGGUGAGCUGUGUGGAUUUCCAAGGUGGCUACAUUGUCAGCGGCUCCCGCGAUAGAACAGCAAAGGUUUGGUCCCUGUCCGCAGGCAGAGUUGGGCAGUGUCUACAUACAGUGCAGACAGAGGAUCGAGUGUGGUCCAUUGCUAUCAGCCCGUUAUUAAGCUCAUUUGUGACUGGGACAGCCUGCUGUGGACACCCCUCACCUCUGAGAAUCUGGGACCUUGAGAGUGGUCAGCUGUUGACCUGUUUAGGCACUGACUUCCACUGUGGAGCUGGAGUCCUUGAUGUCUUCUAUGAAACACCUUCCCUUCUCCUUUCUUGUGGGCAUGACACCUACAUUCGCUACUGGGACAUACGGGCCAGCACCAGGAAGUGCGUGCAGGAGUGGGAAGAGCCCCACGACAGUGCCCUGUACUGCCUACAGAGCGACAACAACCACAUGAUUGCCAGCGGCUCGGCCUACUACGGCGUGGUGCGCCUCUGGGAUAAGCGGCAGACUCGCUGCCUGCAGAGCUUUUACCUGUCUUCACCCACCAGCAGCCCCGUGUACUGCCUCCGUUUCAGUACCACCCAUCUGUAUGUUGCCCUGGCAUCAGCCCUGCAUGCCCUGGACUUCACAGCCCCAUGAAGGACACCACAGCUACUUCUGGUCACCCCAGCUCGAAAGAGUUGACACUUGGCUCAGGGAAUUGGAGGGCAGGAGAGGUGAGAAUGGUCCCCAAGGUUUCCAAAGGAUUAUUUUGCCUGCCAGAAAGCUACAACGAAGAGUGCACAAAGGACCUAAUUUCCUCAGCCUCAUCUGCCUGUUGGUAGAAAUAAAGUCCAAUUGUCUUUACCUUUU